AUGCAUCUCGUCCCCAAGGAGCUCGAUAAGCUUGUCACCUCCCAGCUUGGGUUCCUCGCACAAAGAAGGCUGGCCAGGGGCAUCAGGCUGAACCAUGCGGAAGCUUGCGCCCUCGUCGCCAACAAUUUGCAAGAGCUCAUUCGCGAUGGAAACCACACUGUGGCGGACCUCAUGUCUAUCGGGAAGACCAUGCUUGGUCGACGCCACGUACUCCCAUCGGUACUUGCAACACUGACCGAGAUUCAAGUCGAAGGUACCUUCAAGACCGGCACGUACGUGGUGACGGUCCAUCACCCAAUCAGCUCAGAUGAUGGUGAUCUGGAGAAGGCUCUUUACGGGAGCUUCCUGCCAGUACCGACCAAGGAUGCCUUCCCUCUGCCAGAUCCGAGCGAGUACGAAAACAAGAAGAUGCCUGGCGCUGUCGUUCCGGUCAAGGAGGGCAAGAUCUUGUUGAACAAAGGCAGGAAAAGGAUCCGGCUGAAGGUGACCAGCAAGGGAGAUAGACCGAUCCAGAUCGGAUCGCACUAUCACUUCAUCGAGACGAAUCCACAACUGGAGUUCGACAGAGCCAAAGCAUAUGGGUUCCGCCUGGACAUCCCAGCAGGAACAUCAGUCCGGUUCGAGCCUGGAGACACCAAGACCGUCAAUCUUGUCGAGAUCGCAGGCAACAAGGUGAUUCGCGGCGGAAACAAUCUGGCCUCUGGAGUUGUCGACCUCUCACGGGUGGAUGAGAUCGUGGAAAAGCUCCGGAAAGCCGGAUUCGCCCACGUCCCAGAACCCGCUGGCGACCUCGGUCAUAUCGAUGUCGCGUCCAUGACGCGAGCAGACUACGCGAGCAUGUUUGGGCCGACCACAGGUGACUUGGUGAAGCUGGGCAACACAGACCUCUGGAUCAAAGUGGAAAAGGACAUGACUUCCUACGGAGAAGAAUGCAAGUUCGGCGGCGGCAAGACUCUUCGUGAAGGAAUGGGUCAGGCAUCGGGUCGCCCCGACUCGGAGGUAUUGGACACGGUCAUCACCAACGCGCUCAUCAUCGACUGGACCGGCAUUUACAAGGCGGACAUUGGCAUCAAGCACGGGUUCAUCUCGGCCAUCGGCAAGGCUGGCAACCCGGACGUGAUGGACGGGGUGCAUCCCAACAUGAUCGUGGGCAGCGGCACGGACGUGAUCGCAGCCGAAGGCAGCAUUAUCACGGCGGGCGGCUUCGACUCGCACAUCCACCUGAUCUGUCCGCAACAGGUGUAUGAAUCGGUCUCGUCCGGAAUCACCACCUAUCUGGGCGGCGGCACGGGACCUUCGGCCGGCACGAACGCGACAACAUGUACGCCGGGCAAGACACACAUGAAGCAGAUGCUGCAAGCGGUGGACUCGCUGCCCAUCAACUACGGCAUCACGGGCAAAGGCAACGACAGCUCACCCGUGGCACUGCGCGAGUCGUGCGAAGCCGGCGCCUGCGGCCUGAAGCUACAUGAAGACUGGGGGACCACGCCGGCGGCCAUCGACACGUGCCUGUCCGUGUGCGACGAGUACGACGUGCAAUGCCUGAUCCACACAGACACGCUCAACGAGUCCGGGUUCGUCGAGUCGACGAUCGCCGCCUUCAAAGGCCGCACCAUCCACACGUACCACACCGAAGGCGCGGGCGGCGGCCACGCGCCAGACAUCAUCUCGGUGGUCGAGCACCCCAACGUGCUUCCGUCGUCGACGAACCCGACGCGCCCGUACACGCGCAACACGCUGGACGAGCAUCUGGACAUGCUGAUGGUGUGCCACCACCUGUCGAAAAACAUCCCGGAGGACGUGGCGUUCGCGGAGUCACGCAUCCGCGCCGAAACCAUCGCCGCCGAGGACGUGCUGCACGACCUGGGCGCCAUCAGCAUGAUGUCCUCGGACAGCCAGGCCAUGGGCCGCUGCGGCGAGGUCAUCCUGCGCACCUGGAACACGGCGCACAAGAACAAGCUGCAGCGCGGCCCGCUGCCCGAAGACCAGGGCACUGGCGCCGACAACUUCCGCGUCAAGCGCUAUGUCAGCAAAUACACCAUCAACCCGGCCAUCGCGCAGGGCAUGGCCCAUGUCAUCGGCAGCGUCGAGGUCGGCAAAUUGGCCGAUUUGGUCAUGUGGAAGCCCAGCCAGUUUGGCACGAAGCCGAGUCUGGUCAUGAAGAGUGGUAUGAUUAGUUAUGCUAUGAUGGGCGACCCGAACGGUUCCAUCCCCACCAUCCAACCCAUCAUCUCCCGGCCCAUGUUCGCCCCCUUGGUGCCCGCGACAUCCAUCACCUUCGUGUCCGCGGCCUCCAUCGCUUCCGGCACCGUCGCCUCAUACAACCUCUCGAAACGCGUCGAGCCCGUCAAGAACUGCCGCAACCUGACCAAGCGGGACAUGAAAUACAACGACGUCAUGCCCAAAAUGCGCGUCGACCCGGAGAGUUAUGUCGUCGAGGCCGACGGGCAGAUCUGUACGGCCGAGCCGGCGAAGGAGGUGGCGCUGGGACAGAUUUACUACGUGUUUUAA